UGUCUGCCAUUCUGCAUGCCAAACAACCACGGUUUCCCUCCAGACUUUAGGCAUCCCAGAAAGACACAGUGUGCAGACACCAUCUUGGGAACAAUUCCAAAGUCUGCCCAAAUACUUUUAAAACAUACCUUUUAUUUUUUGAAGAUUCCUGAAUGGUAUUUAAAAAUAUUGAGGAAGAUUAUUUCUGAAACCAAUUCCUGUUUGAUAGUCAGGCUAUACGCAGCCAAUAUGUAUGUUAUACCAUUUGGAUGACUCAUGUCAUGUUAAUCUUUGACAGCGAUAGCCCAUAGUGUUCAGGGAGUGGAGAGGUAGGGAUUGUAACCAGCAGCCUCACUUGAACUUUGACCAACAUACGUCAUUGUGGGUUAUGUCAAAGUGUAGCAUUCCGGUGCUCUCCAGAACGUUCUUCUUCUUCGUGAACUUAAGCCACGGACAACUUUGGGAAAUCUACAGGAAAAGGUUGCAAGGAUGGAGCAGGAAAAGACUAAAUGGAAGAACUUCCAGGAGGAUAUCAGUGUUCUGCAAUCAGUACUGACUGUUCCGCUCUUAGGUCCGGCUUGUGUUCUGCUGAUGGUGUAUUUCAUGUCCACUUCUUUGUGGCUGCUGCCUGUUCUCUACUUCAUGUGGCAGCUGAAAGACUGGCACACGCCUGAACGAGGAGGCCGGAGGAAAGCGUACGUCAGGAACUGGAAUGCGUGGAAACACGCGACGGACUACUUCCCGAUUAAGUUGGUGAAGACCGCCGAGCUGAAGCCAAACAAGAACUACAUUCUGGGGUGUCAUCCUCACGGGGUCCUGAGCCUCGGAGCCUUCAUGGCGUUCAACACGGAGGCCUGCGGCUUCCUGGACCUCUUCCCGGGCAUGCGCUCCUGCCUCUGCAUCCUCAGUGGCCUCUUCAAGAUCCCCCUCUACAGGGAUUACGUCAUGGCGUCUGGCUGCUGUCCGGUCAGCAAGCCCAGCCUUCAGCACCUUCUGUCUAAGAGCGGGAAAGGCAACGCCGUCGUGAUUAUCGUCGGGGGCGCUGCGGAGUCCCUGCUGAGUCUGCCCGGGGUAAACGCCGUGGUCAUGAGGCAGAGGAAGGGCUUCGUCAGGGUGGCCCUGGAGUUCGGCGCAGACCUGGUGCCCGUCUACUCUUUCGGGGAGAACGAGAUGUUUCGCCAGGUGACGUUCGCGGAGGGCAGUGUGGGCUGGCGGUUGCAGCGGCUCUUCAAGGCGAUUGCGGGCUUCGCGCCGUGUCUUUUCGUGGGCGAGCGCUGGCUCUGGAUGCCCUACCGCUGCCCGGUCACCAUUGUCGUGGGCAGUCCGAUCCCGGUACCGAAGAGGCCUCGGCCCAGUCAGGAUGAGGUGGACCACUACCACGCCCUCUACAUGGAGGCCCUGGCCGAGCUCUUCGACAAGCACAAGGCCAGCUGUGGACUCUCAGACAGCCACCGGCUGAGGAUCGUAUAGACCAGUCACCAUGACCUACCCCUUCAAGCGCAGAGUUUGGGGGUAUCGUGCCUCCUGUGCCUCACAGUCAGAAACUGUAGCUCUUCACGAACCAUCUUGCAGACUUUCCAGCCCAUCUGUGUACCACCGACCAUGUGAAUGCAGCACUGGCUGUUUAUUAAAAAAACAGGUCAAAAUACCAACUGUAGCUCUGUCCAUUGUGUCAUUUCCACUGCCUCGAUGUGUCCUUUGCAUAUUUUAAACAUAUUUAUCUAGUAAAUCCUUUGUUUGUGUUUUUUCAGUUUAAUUGUUUUAAUUUAUUUAAUGCAUUUUCAGAUAAAAAAAAAUAAAAACUCAAAUAGUCUGAACAUAAAGUACCUAACAAGCAAGGGGAUCUCUAAGUGGAUCUCUGAAAACAAAUCUAUAUAAACAUUUUGAAUUUACUUGAGUGUUUCACUUUAGUUAGUUUAGGUUUAGUUAGCUAGAAAUGCAGAAUUUGCACUAUUGGUUCCGUUUGGUAUGAAGCAAUUAAAAUACAAUAAAUGUAUUGAAACACAUAAUUAACACAGUUUAAUAGUGAUUCAAUUAUUAGACAGAAUGUAUACUGUACAAUGUUAACCCUGUAAGCAAUUUUGUGUUCAGGCCGGUUGCAUUAUAUUGCAUUAAGAGUAAAAAAUAAAAUAAAAAUGUACAGCAAAAUCUUACCUUUAAGU